AAUCUCUAUAGGAAGCCAACAGUUGUUGAGAAGUCAAUCCACACCUAGUUCUAGAAUUUGAGGACCUUAGCAUCCUGAGACAUUCAUAGCCUUUAAGGUUGACCUGGUCCGAGUUCAUCAUGUCCAAGUUAAAAAGCUCAGAGUCAGUCAGGGUGGUGGUUCGCUGUCGGCCCAUGAAUGGCAAGGAAAAGGCUGCUUCGUACGACAAGGUGGUAGAUGUGGAUGUGAAGCUGGGGCAGGUGUCUGUGAAGAAUCCCAGAGGAGUGGCCCAUGAGAUGCCCAAGACCUUCACCUUUGAUGCAGUCUAUGACUGGAAUGCCAAGCAGUUUGAACUCUAUGAUGAGACGUUCCGACCGCUUGUGGACUCUGUUCUUCAGGGUUUCAAUGGGACAAUUUUUGCCUAUGGACAAACUGGGACUGGGAAAACCUACACAAUGGAAGGAGUUCGUGGUGACCCUGAGAAAAGAGGGGUCAUCCCUAACUCAUUUGAUCACAUUUUCACCCAUAUCUCUCGAUCCCAGAAUCAACAAUACCUGGUCAGGGCUUCUUACUUAGAGAUUUACCAGGAGGAGAUCCGAGAUCUGCUCUCAAAGGACCAAACCAAAAGGCUUGAACUCAAAGAGAGGCCUGACACUGGGGUAUAUGUGAAAGACCUGUCUUCCUUUGUCACCAAGAGUGUGAAGGAAAUAGAGCACGUGAUGAAUGUGGGGAACCAGAACCGUUCUGUUGGUGCUACCAACAUGAAUGAGCACAGUUCGCGUUCUCAUGCAAUUUUUGUUAUCACCAUUGAGUGCAGUGAAGUGGGCCUUGAUGGAGAAAACCAUAUUCGUGUAGGGAAAUUGAACCUUGUAGAUCUUGCUGGCAGUGAACGGCAAGCCAAGACCGGUGCGCAAGGGGAAAGACUGAAGGAAGCGACCAAGAUCAACCUGUCCCUUUCGGCCUUGGGUAAUGUCAUCUCUGCCCUGGUGGAUGGCAAAAGCACUCACAUUCCAUAUCGGGACUCAAAGCUUACCAGGCUCCUCCAAGAUUCUCUUGGUGGCAAUGCUAAAACUGUGAUGGUAGCCAACGUGGGGCCUGCCUCUUACAAUGUAGAAGAGACUUUGACCACGCUGAGAUAUGCCAACCGUGCCAAAAACAUUAAGAAUAAACCAAGGGUCAACGAGGACCCUAAGGAUGCCCUCCUUCGAGAAUUCCAGGAAGAGAUUGCUCGGCUCAAGGCCCAGCUUGAAAAACGAUCCAUUGGCAGGAAAAAGAGGCGAGAGAAGCGGAGGGAAGGUGGUGGCAGUGGUGGAGGUGGGGAAGAGGAGGAGGAGGAGGAGGGAGAAGAGGGUGAGGAGGAAGGAGAUGAUAAGGAUGAUUACUGGCGGGAACAGCAAGAAAAACUGGAGAUUGAGAAGCGGGCCAUUGUAGAGGACCACAGCUUGGUUGCAGAGGAGAAGAUGAAGCUGCUGAAAGAGAAGGAGAAAAAGAUGGAGGACCUGCGGAGGGAGAAGGAUGCUGCUGAGAUGCUGGGUGCCAAAAUCAAGGCCAUGGAGAGUAAGCUGCUUGUUGGAGGGAAAAAUAUAGUAGAUCAUACAAAUGAACAGCAGAAAAUCCUGGAGCAGAAACGGCAGGAAAUUGCAGAGCAGAAACGCCGAGAAAGAGAAAUCCAGCAACAGAUGGAAAGUCGAGAUGAGGAGACCUUGGAACUUAAAGAGACAUACAGCUCAUUGCAGCAAGAGGUGGACAUCAAGACCAAAAAACUCAAAAAGCUCUUCUCCAAGUUUCAGGCAGUGAAGGCAGAGAUCCACGACCUCCAAGAAGAGCACAUCAAGGAGCGUCAGGAGCUGGAGCAAACUCAGAAUGAGCUCACCAGAGAGCUGAAACUCAAGCAUCUUAUUAUAGAAAACUUUAUCCCUCUGGAAGAAAAAAGUAAAAUUAUGAAUAGAUCCUUUUUUGAUGAAGAGGAAGAUCAUUGGAAAUUACAUCCUAUAACCAGACUGGAGAAUCAGCAGAUGAUGAAGCGGCCAGUCUCAGCUGUGGGAUAUAAGAGACCACUGAGCCAACAUGCCAGAAUGUCCAUGAUGAUUCGUCCAGAGGCCCGAUACAGGGCAGAGAACAUCGUGCUAUUAGAGCUGGACAUGCCCAGCCGGACCACCAGAGACUAUGAGGGCCCCGCCAUUGCCCCCAAAGUCCAGGCUGCAUUGGAUGCGGCUCUACAGGAUGAAGAUGAGAUACAGGUGGAUGCGUCAUCCUUUGAAAGUACUGCAAAUAAGAAAUCCAAGGCCAGGCCUAAAAGCGGAAGGAAGUCGGGAUCCUCCUCCUCUUCCUCAGGAACCCCUGCAUCUCAGCUUUAUCCACAGUCUCGGGGGCUGGUUCCAAAGUAAAGCCAGUUCCUGCUCUCCCGGGGUAUAAACAGCAUUUACCUUCUGAGAGAAGAGAUGAGCAGAUACCUGCAGAGAGGACUCCAGCCCAAACUCAGAACCAUUCCCCUGGGGAGAAGUGAUGGCCUCUUUGCAGAUUAACCAACUUAAUCUGGCUGAAAGGUGCUGGUCCUACUCUGGCACUCAGCUCCUCUGGGCAACGUCCUUUCAUUAGCAUCUCAGAAAUGCAUGGAUAAGCAGACUGUAAGUUCCCUGAGGGCCUGUCCUAUUGUCCUCUCCAAGUAUGACACAAUAAUUGGAUGGUUGG